AUGUCACGCCGUUUGUCCCAAAUGACCGAGGAUGCUAUGGUAGAAGGAGGACGGUCGGCGCGCCGCAACAUAGAACAGUCGGGAUUCUCGGAGGAUCUGAAAAGACAACUUGAAGAGCGCGUCAAGGCCGCUGCAUUCAAGAGCGAGCAUGCUGCAGCUCACUCAAUCCUCGAUAUGCCUAGCAGCGCAGGCCAGGGAUCUCGAGAAAUGGCCGCAGCACCAGUAUGGACGGGAGUAGAAAGCGUCUACGACUCAAACCUGCGCAUGUUGAAUGAUGCUAGCAAGCCCAUACGCAUGCCCUACAAACUCCCGCAACCAGUCAACCUCAAACCAUCUCCAAAGCCAAAACGCUCCAAUGGCUUCCGCCUAGCCGAAGCGAAAGAGCGCACAUCUACAUACACACUAAGCAAGAGCCCUGGCUUCUCAGACGAAGAACGAGAAUCCAUGCGCCGUGAAAUGAGGGAGAAGCUGUCACCUGGUGCACACUCCAUGCCAAUCUCCAUCUCAGGCCUCGCAUCGCUCGCCAACGAGCGCAUCGAGGAUGCGAUUGCGCGCGGGCAAUUCCAGAAGAUCAAACGCGGAAAGGGCGUCAAUACUGAAACUGAUCAUAAUGCAAAUAGUGCAUAUAUCGACACUACUGAAUACUUUAUGAACAAGAUCAUCCAGAAGCAGGAGAUCGUCCCGCCGUGGAUCGAAAAACAGCAAGAGCUUGCCGUGGAGAUUAGUCGAUUUCGCCAACACCUUCGCGCUGAGUGGACAAGACAUGCUGCGCGGCUUAUCUCGAGUCAAGGUGGUUCACUUGAAGAAAAGAUGAAACGUGCGCGAGCAUAUGCCGCUGCCGAGGUCCGUUUGAGUGAAAAGGCAAAGUUGGAGGCAGCGCUGCGCGAUACUCAGAGUCUGAGUCACACCGAGGCUGUGGUAUCUGAGAUCACUACAGAUGGGAGAAUAGUCUCCAAAACCAACCCGUCAGAGGAGCUUGUUGCUAAUGAACCGAGCAUCUCGGAAGAGCUCGAGCAUCUUCCCCCUUUGAGAGACCCACAAUACCUAUCGACUGAACGGUCUUAUCAUGAGCUUGUCGUGAAGCAGAUCAAUAAUAUCGCACGAUCCUACAACCUUCAGGCACCACGCGCCGCUCAAAAGCCUUACCUCAAUCUUGACCGUGAGUUGAAUUCUUGCUUUGCUGAUGUGGCUCCGAGACUAUCAGAGGAGAUCAGGCGACGGGCAACAGAGCGAGCAAGGGGCCCGACUCUUGCCACUAGCAGGUCGAGUAUAUUUGGAUCACUCAGCCCUGGGCCACCAGCACGCGUUUAUGAUGAGGAUAAGACGAAAGGAUACGGGUUUAAGGAAUUUUGGCGAGAUCUGUUCUCCAAGGAUGGCCGAUAA